UUAGGUGAGGUGGCGUGGCUACCUCUUCUCUUCCUCACAUUUCCAGAUUCAAAUUUCCAAACUCCAAACUUUCCACCCCAUCUCACUCACUCUCACAACACACACCCUCACCACCCACACCCACCAAUGGAGCAAGACCUCCGAGCUCCACUCAUCCAACAUCCCCACAACGACAACUCUCCGAUCAAGCAGGUGGCAUUGACCGUACCUACCACCGACGACCCAUCACUUCCAGUUCUCACCUUCCGAAUGUGGGUCCUAGGAACCUUUUCCUGUGUCUUGUUAUCGUUUUUGAACCAGUUUUUUUGGUACCGUACGGAGCCUUUAAGUAUCACUGCUAUAUCUGCUCAGAUUGCUGUGGUGCCUUUGGGUCAACUCAUGGCGGCGAAAGUAACCGAUCGGGUGUUUUUUAAGGGUUCAUGGUGCGAGUUUACUAUGAACCCUGGGCCGUUUAAUGUUAAGGAGCAUGUUUUGAUCACGAUAUUUGCGAAUUCUGGUGCGGGUACGGUGUAUGCGAUUCAUGUGGUGACUGGUGUGAAGAUUUUUUAUAAGCAACAUAUGAGCUUCUUUGUGUCACUCAUUGUUGUUAUCACAACUCAGGUGCUAGGAUUUGGAUGGGCAGGAAUAUUCAGAAGGUAUCUAGUGGAGCCAGCUGAGAUGUGGUGGCCAUCCAAUCUAGUACAAGUUUCUUUGUUCAGGGCUUUGCAUGAGAAAGAAAAACGGCCCAAAGGGGGAGUGACACGUACCCAAUUCUUCCUAAUAGCAUUCACAUGCAGUUUUGCAUACUACAUUUUCCCUGGAUACCUUUUUCAAAUGUUAACAUCACUCUCAUGGGUCUGCUGGAUCUUCCCUUCAUCAAUCAUGGCCCAACAAGUUGGAUCUGGGCUUCAUGGGCUUGGUAUAGGUGCUAUUGGGCUUGACUGGUCUAGCAUUUCUGCAUACCUUGGAAGCCCAUUAGCAAGCCCAUGGUUUGCCACAGCCAAUGUUGCUGUUGGCUUCUUCUUAGUUAUGUAUGUUAUCACUCCCCUUGCUUACUGGUUCAACGUCUACAACGCGAAAAACUUCCCGUUUUUCUCCGACGGCCUUUUUACCGCUGACGGUCAAGAGUAUAAUAUUACCGCCAUUAUUGACUCGAAUUUUCACUUUGAUGAUGAUGCUUAUCAACAACAAGGGCCUUUGCAUCUUAGCACGUUUUUUGCCAUGACUUAUGGUGUCGGAUUUGCUGCUCUCGCGUCCAUGGUGGUUCAUGUGUUUCUCUUCCAUGGAAGCGAGAUAUGGGAGCAAAGCAAAUCAAGUUUCAAAGACAAGAAAGUCGACAUACACACUAGACUAAUGAGCAAGUACAAGCAAGUGCCCGAGUGGUGGUUUUGGUGCAUACUAUUUGUAAACAUAUCGCUCUCGAUAUUCACGUGUGAGUAUUACAAUGAGCAGCUUCAGUUGCCAUGGUGGGGCGUCGUUUUAGCUUGCGCGAUCGCCAUUUUCUUCACUCUCCCCAUCGGCAUACUCACCGCCAUCACUAACCAGGCCCCGGGUUUGAACAUUAUCACGGAGUAUAUAAUCGGGUACAUAUAUCCGGGAUAUCCGGUUGCGAACGUGUGCUUCAAAGUGUACGGUUACAUUAGCAUGACCCAAGCAGUGACUUUCCUUCAAGAUUUCAAGCUCGGCCACUACAUGAAGAUCCCACCUAGAUCAAUGUUCAUGGCACAGAUCGUUGGAACCUUGAUUGCGGCUUUAGUAUACUUAUGCACCGCAUGGUGGUUAAUGGAGACAAUUCCAGACUUAUGCGACUCGUCAUCAGACGUCUGGACAUGCCCUAGUGAUCACGUGUUCUACGAUGCAUCGGUUAUAUGGGGUUUAAUCGGGCCCCGAAAGAUCUUUGGAGAUCAAGGGGCUUACACCAUGAUCAACUGGGCUUUUCUGAUAGGAGCAAUCACUCCGGUGUUGGUUUGGUUAGCACACAGGGCUUUCCCUGACCAACACUGGAUCACACUGAUAAACAUGCCGGUGCUGAUUGGUGCCACGGGGAGUAUGCCUCCGGCUACUGCCGUGAACUACACAGCGUGGAUAUUCGUUGGGUUUUUAUCAGGGUUUGUGAUGUUUCGAUACAAGCCUGAGGUAUGGCAACGGCAUAAUUAUGUGUUGUCGGGUGCUUUGGAUGCGGGGUUGGCGUUUAUGGGUGUGUUGUUGUACCUUUGUUUGGGUUUGGAGGAUAUUGGUUUGUAUUGGUGGGGGAAUGAUCUUGAUGGGUGCCCUUAUGCUUCUUGUCCUACAGCUCCGGGUGUUUUCGUCGAGGGUUGUCCUCUUUCGGCAUUUUGAAUCUUGUUUUUAAUGUGCUAGCCCGUUAGGCCGAUUUACCGAGAGUGACACCACUAAAAAAAAGUAAUACAUAUGUGGUGAUCACAUAUAUGUUUUAGUAUUCUUGCUCUAUAGCGUAUGAAAUUGUUAGAAAACAUGUCUACUAUAUUAUAAUUAUAAGUUAUAUAAAAUAGUAACGGGUAUAACAUUA